UCUUCCUGUCUGCUCUGCUGAUGCUGGAUUCUGCCUCAGGUAUUUCUCACCCUGUUGAGAAGAAGAGAUAUUGGACGAGAACAACAAAAAAAGAGAAGGCGGGCGAGACGCCAGCCAGGGUCCCGCCAGCUCCUGGGAACCUGAGGGCGCCCGCAGAGCAACAGAGAGACGAUCCACGAGGGGAACCAUCGCUGGAAUCAUGCAGUGAGGAGAGCUGAGCACCACAAAGGAAACCCUGUUGUUUUUGUUUCUGCGCCCUGAAAGCAGUCCGGGUGUGCAGGAUCUGGUCCAAUUUGAGUGGACUCGCUGCGUAGCACCAUGGGAGCCUCCAGUGACAAGGCGUCUCUGCCCCGGACGCUGCUCAUCUUUCUGCUGUGCGUCAUCUGUGCUCUCUGCCAGGAGGACUAUUCUGGAAACCACUCGGGUGAGGAUCACACCUUUGAAGGCUCGGUCAUCGAUCAUUAUGACAGAUUGAGGCCCCCCCAACCUGAGUCUGCUAACAGCUAUGAUGAGGACCAGCUUCCCGAGGAAGACGACUACGACCCCUAUGGACCCGUCCCCACCCAUGUCACCAUGAUCACAGAAGACGCCUACCCUUACGUCACCACCACUGAGUCCCACUACGCCAAGAAGGACAAGGUGGGCCGGAAGAAGGUACCAUUCAAGCACCAAGGACCUGAAACAGAGUCCUCUGAAGAGUCGGGGGGUGACGCAGCCCUCGGCGAGGAGGGGCCCACAGAGUGUGACUGUGAACCCGGAGAGCCCGGAUUCGCUGGUUUCGCUGGACCGAAGGGCUCCCGAGGCUUGCAGGGUAAAACGGGAGCGCCAGGACAUCAAGGCAGAGAGGGUUACAAAGGAACUAAAGGAGUGCAGGGAAGAAGAGGAGACGCCGGACCAGUGGGUGAUCCUGGACCUGAAGGUGAAGAAGGAGGUUCUGGUUUCUCUGGGGCCAUGGGAGAACCAGGACUUUUAGGAGCCCCGGGUGAGAGUGGAGAGCCUGGUCUAAAGGGCGAUAUCGGCAUGGAGGGAUCGCGAGGUGGGGUCGGAGGUCCUGGUAACACUGGCGCUCGCGGUGACGCUGGAACACCAGGAUCGAGAGGAUCGAAAGGUCCCAAGGGGUCCCUGGGAGAAGAGGGCAAAGUGGGCCCUCAAGGACCCGGUGGACGAAAGGGUCAGACUGGCGCACCGGGGUUCCCAGGGGACAUUGGCGAUAGAGGCUACAACGGUUAUCCGGGACAGACGGGAGACCGCGGGCCUGGUGGACCAAAGGGCAGCAGAGGUCUUGACGGCAUUCCAGGCAGUGAUGGUGACCCCGGAGAAGAUGGUCCCAUUGGUGUCCCGGGACUGAUGGGAGAGCCAGGUUCCUUUGGGGCCAAGGGCAGCAAAGGAGAUCGCGGCUUCAGAGGACCUCGAGGCAGAGUGGGCUCUGUGGGUCCUGGAGGAGAACAAGGAGAUGCUGGAAUACCGGGAAAGCCGGGACCAAAGGGCCUGCAGGGCCCCAUUGGGGCCAAAGGUGAGACUGGACCGGAUGGUGAGACGGGUGCAAAGGGAAGGAAAGGCGUAAAAGGCCAAAAAGGACAGAAGGGCACCGUUGCCGACAGGGGAGACAAAGGACAGCGUGGAACAAAGGGUGCGGCUGGACGCACCGGAGAUGCGGGCCCAGUGGGUCCGCCCGGCAUCCCGGGGACCCGAGGAACCCGCGGCCCAAUAGGGGACCCCGGUGUCAAAGGCCAAGCUGGACCCAAAGGAGUGCAAGGUCCCACUGGUGCCGGUCUGACCGACGAGCAGGUACUGCAGCUCUGCCGAGGCGUGGUCACGGCCCAGAUCUCUCAGUACGCCUCCUCCAUCCGGGCCAAGUGCUCCCAGGGCUGCCCCGUCAACAACCGAACACUCAUUGGGCCCCCAGGAGUCAAAGGCCCCCCAGGACCACCUGGCAAAAUGGGUAAAGCAGGAAAAGCUGGAUCCAAAGGAGCCCGAGGUGCUCAGGGAGACCGAGGCCUGGAGGGAGAGAAAGGAGCGCAGGGUGACAGAGGCAAAAAGGGACCUAAAGGUGUUGCCGGCGAGCCAGGAAAAGGCUUCCCAGGGCUUGAUGGACCACAAGGGGCCACAGGUUUUCCAGGUGAGCCUGGAGUGGCCAAAAAUGGCAUUGAGGGUCCACGCGGUCCCCGUGGCUUCCCGGGUCCGGUGGGUAUUCCCGGGAUGGUCGGAAACGUUGGUGUUCCGGGUUUCUGUGAGGCUCGGGACUGCAGCAUCCAUGCGCCGGUGAUGCGCAAAGAGCAGGGCCUGGUCAAAGGACCCAGCAGCUCCCACAUUUGAACUCCAGCAGGCGAGGGAUGAAAAAGCUGGGAGGGUCGCACUGUGGCAAGGUCAAAGUUCAUCUUUGUGAACAUUCCAGCUGAGCAGGCAGUUGAAAAAGCGAACUUUUUUUGUGAUUAGAAUUACAUUAUUUAAUGCUGUUGAAAAUAAAGUCCCUAGGGGACGCUCCAAGCAAGAAGCAAGAUUUUUUUUUUCCAUCAUGGCAGAAGAAGUUCCACAUUUUUAAUUUAAAAAUCCAAUGUAACAAUUAUAGCAGGAAAAGUCAACUUUGAAGUCAACAUAACCGAAGACUGCUGUGUAAAUAUGAUGUAAAGUAUCUCAAAUACAUGUACUACUGUGCUCUGAAGUGUUCACAUAAACUGCCUGAUGUUUUUUUUUUUUUUAAAUCCGAGUCCUCACUUUGUCAUACUAUUAGGAAUCCAUCUGAAAGAAGGCAAUGAUAUCAACUCGGUUCUCUUUUUAUUCGAUUGAGUCACAUGAUCCAAGGCAAAUAGUACAGUGACAAUGUAUCAAACACUUGAUUAAAUAUGAAAGAGUUUAUUCAUAACCACGUGGGUUUUGAGAUUACAUUGAGGGCUGUUUUGAAUAUGUUUGGCUACUUUAUUUUAAAUAAAUAAAUGUAAUA